AUGGGGGCGGUGGAGGCGGCGGUGGAGGCGGCGGAGGGGGGUGGCGGUCGUGGUGGGAGUGGUGGCGGGGGUGGGGGCGCUAUUAGCGGCAGUGGAGGCGGAGGAGGAGGCGGUGGUGGCGGUGCGGGUGGACGUGGCGGAGGUGGAGGCGGUGCUAGUGAGUCUGCGCUCUCAGGUACCGCAUCGGCUCUGGCCACCCACAUCUUCACCCUUCACUCGGGUGCUUCCCGCUCCUUCUUUCGAGACCGCACCACACUCACGCCGCUUAGUCGGCCAGUGGCAGUCUCCCUGGUAGACCCCUCUAGGGGUCCAGACCUUGUCCACUUCUCUAUUGUCCUACCGUGUCCGGCGGCCCCUUUUGGCACCCUGUCAGGUCUUUACCUCCCCUCGUUCUCUACGAACUUGGUGAGUGGAGCUGACCUCCAGGAUGCAGGGGUCCACCAGUUCACUCCUGCGAGUCAGCGAGUGACCCACUGUACUUGUGCUCGGACGGGCCAUCACUUGGCCACGUUUACCCGUCGGCCGGGGUCGAGCCUGUACACACUGACUACUGAGUCUCCUCCUGUGGCUGAGUCUGCUCAGGUAGCCGCGUCGGGUCAGGUGUUUGCUGCGGCGUCCAGGUCUGGUCCUGAGUCUGCCCCCUGCUCGUGUUGUCUCCUGUCUCACCAGACUCUCCUCUCGCACCACCCCCUUGGUCACCCCUCCCUGCCUCGUCUUCGAGGCAUGGCUUCCCGUGUCCUUGUCUCUGGUCUCCCCUGGUCCCUCCCUCCCCUUCCUCCGGGGCCUACCCCCACCUGCGUUCCCUGCGUCGAUGGGCGGCAGCGCGCUGCUCCUCACUCUUCAGAGUUUCCUCCGACAGAGGCUCCACUGCAGACGCUUCACAUGGACGUGUGGGGCCAAGCCCGCGUCCGUGGACAGGGUCACGAGCGUUACUUCCUGCUGGUGGUUGACGACUACUCGCGUUACACCACAGUCUUCCCCUUGCGCUGCAAGGGUGCGGUCACUGAGGUUGGCGAUGCGUCUGCGUUCCGUGUCUGGGGAUCUCGGGCGUUUGUCCGCGACUUGUCCACGGACAAGCUGUCCCCUCGUGCUGCUCCCUGCGUCUUCCUUGGCUUCCCCCCUGACGCGCCAGGCUGGCAGCUCUACCACCCCACCUCGCGCAGUGUUCUAUCCUCCCAGGACGUCACGUUUGACGAGUCGGCUCCCUACUACCGUCUCUUCCCCUACCGCACUGCGUCCCUCCCCCCCGCGCCGUUCUUCCUUACGCAAGGUCCCCCUCCGGUAGACCCCCUCCCCCCUGAGGGUCCUGCCCCCUCAGGGGUGCUUUUGCCUGGGGGUGCUGAGCCUAGGGGUGGUGAGCCUGGGGGUGCUGCGCUUAGGGGUGCUGAGCCUUGGGGUGCUGCGUCUGGGGGUGCGGAGUCUGAGGGUACUGGACCUGCUCGUGUGGCGUCUGGUGGUACUGGGCCUGGAGAUUCUUCGGGUGCUUCGUCCUGGCGGGAGCUGCUCUCUCCACAGGAGCUGCGUGAGUGGUUUGCUCGGUGCUGUACGCGUGCUGCUGGAGCUGGAGGUGCUGCAGGCGCUGGAGGUUCUGCUGAUGCUGAGGGUGUUGGGGCCUCGGCUGCUGGCGUUGCUGGAGCUGAAGCUGGAGCAACUGGGGGUGCUGGCACUGAGGGUGUUUCUGGUGCUGGUGCUGCUGAGGGUGCUGGAGUUGGCGCUACUGGAGCUGGGGGUGCUACUGGCGCAGGGGCUGUCCUUUCUGGUGCUGGUGGUGCUAAGCGGCCGCGCCCGUACUUGGUUCCGCUCCUUGAGCAGGUUCUUGGUCUUCCGCCCUAUGCUCUGACUCCUCCCUUAGAGUGUCCACCGACUGUCCAGUCGGAGUCACUGUCACAGCCUCCCUCUCCUCUUCCUGCUCCUUCUCCCUACACUGGUCCUACUGGAGCGUCCUCCCCUGUCCGUGGCACACACCGGAUGUCUCUGCGUCCGUCCACUGCUCCUCUGCGUGCCCCUUUGCCUUCUUCUCCUGAGUCUUCUCUUCCUACUCUUGGUGACACGGAGUCGGACUCCUUUCGCGCUGCCAGUCCUACUAUCACGCGUCUCCUUGUUACUGUCGUCACUGACCCUUCCUUUGAGUCCACUGCUGCGUCUGCCCUAGUUGCUGAACUUGUCGACCUCCCUCCUCGCUGUCGUCUAGACUACACUGCUAGUCUGGUUGCUGAGUCUGAGUCUGUCUGUCCUCCAUCCGUCGGGGGUGAGUGUGCUCUUGGCAUGGACGUCCUUGAGGACAAGCAGGAGGAGUUCCAUUGUCUUGUGGCAGCUUCACCUCAUCUCGUGUCCAUGCUACUUGCCCCUGAGGGAGACCUGGAUGCACCAGACAUCCCGACUCCGCGCUCUUACGCAGAGGCGAUAGAGGGUCCCUACUCCUCUCAGUGGCAGGCAGCCAUAGACGCAGAGAUGGCUUCCUGGAAGUCCACAGGCACCUAUGUUGACGAGGUUCCCUCGCCUGGGGCGAACAUCGUCAGUGGCAUGUGGAUUUUCAGGGUGAAGCGGCCGACGGGUUCUCCGCCUGUCUUCAAGGCGCGUUACGUGGCUCGUGGCUUCAAACAGCGGCAGGGAGUUGACUACUUUCAGACCUUCUCUCCCACCCCGAAGAUGACCACUCUUCGGGUACUGCUGGACAUAGCCGCUCACAGAGACUACGAGCUUCACUCUCUUGACUUCACCACUGCUUUCUUGCAGGGCAGCCUGCACGAGGAGAUCUGGCUGCGCCGCCUACCUGGCUUCACUGGGACUUUUCCUCCUGGCACCCAGUGGAGCCUCCGGCGGCCAGUCUACGGUUUGCGCCAGGCACCUCGUGAGUGGCACAACACACUGAGGACUACACUUGCGGCUCUUGGGUUUGCUCCUUCUACUUCCGACCCGUCGCUGUUUCUGCGCACCGACACUUCUCUGCCGCCGUUCUACAUCCUCGUGUACGUCGACGACUUGGUCUUUGCCACAGCGGACACUGCUGGACUCGCCUACGUGAAGUCCGAGCUGCAGAAGAGACACACGUGCACAGACCUAGGUGAACUGCGCAGCUACCUUGGCUUGCAGAUCACCCGGGAUAGAGCACAGCGCACCAUUACCCUGACUCAGUCACACAUGGUGCAGCAGGUCCUUCAACGCUUCAGCUUCACGUACUCCUCGCCUCAGGCCACUCCUCUGUCUACUCGCCACUGGCUCUCAGCUCUGCCUUCGGAUGAGUCUGUAGAGUCGAGUGGCCCGUACCAAGAGCUUGUUGGCUGCCUCAUGUACCUGAUGACCUGCACUCGAUCUGACCUUGCAUACCCUCUUAGCAUUCUGGCACGCUAUGUUGCUCCUGGGAGACACAGACCAGAGCACAUGGCUGCAGCGAAGAGGGUCUUGCGCUACUUGUGCGGUACGUUGGGCAUGGGGCUUGUGCUUGGAGGGCGGAGUCCAGUGGUCCUCACUGGUCAUGCAGACGCUUCUUGGGCUGACGACCAGGCUACGCAACGGUCGUCACAGGGUUACACCUUUAGCCUUGGUUCCGGCUCUGUUUCGUGGCAGUCUACCCACUCGUCUUCUGUUCUCAGCUCCAGUUGUGAGGCUGAGAUCUACGCAGGGGCCAUGGCUGCACAGGAGCUUCGCUGGCUCACCUACCUGCUGACUGACCUUGGAGAGCCGCCUCGUUCUCCCCCAGUUCUGUACGUAGACAACAAGGCCAUGAUGGCCUUGUGUCGUGAGCACAGACUGGAGCACAGAACGAAGCACAUUGCUCUUCGCUACUUCCUUGCUCGUAAGCUGCUGUAG